AUGGCGGCUUCUGAUGGAAGCGAGUACUUCGAAAUAGCAUCUUUAGGGAACGAGAGCUUCGGCAGAGCGUCGAACGCCGACACGGUCGAGGAGGACGAGGAGGAGCUGCAGUGGGUGGCGCUCGCACGAUUACCGUCGCAGAAGCGCAUCAACUACGCCGUCCUCCGUGCCUCCUCUUCCCGCCAGCGACCUCCGACGAGAGGCGCAGGCGAAGAAAGCUUAGUCGAUGUGAGAAAGCUGAGCCGUUCUUGCCGCGAGCGCGUUGUUAAGAAAGCACUCGCCACCAACGAUCAAGACAACUACCGCCUCCUCUCCGCCAUCAAAGAACGCCUCGACAGGGUUGGAUUGAAGGUGCCAAAUGUUGAAGUGAGAUACAAGAACUUGAACGUCACUGCUGAUGUUCAAAUCGGUUCAAGAGCUCUACCGACUCUGAUUAAUUACACUCGCGACGCCGUCGAGAAUAUCUUAACCAAGUUGCGGAUAUUUCGACCAAAACGGCAUUCCCUUACCAUAUUGGACAAUGUCAGUGGCGUCAUCAAACCUGGAAGGAUGACUUUGCUACUAGGACCUCCGGGAGCGGGCAAAUCCACCUUACUUUUGGCUCUUGCUGGCAAGCUUGAUAACAACCUUAAGAAGACUGGUAGUAUAACAUAUAAUGGUCAUGAGAUAGAUGAGUUUUAUGUUCAACGGACUUCUGCAUACAUUAGCCAAACAGAUAAUCACAUUGCAGAACUGACAGUACGCGAAACUUUGGACUUCGCUGCUAGAUGCCAAGGUGCAGAAGAAGGUUUUGCAGUAUAUACGAAAGAACUGAACCGCCUAGAGAAUGAAAGGAACAUACGACCUAGUCCAGAAAUUGACGCGUUUAUGAAGGCAUCAUCUGUUGGAGGUAAAAGGCACAGUGUGAACACGGAUUACAUUUUGAAAGUGCUCGGUCUCGAUGUAUGUUCGGAGACAAUAGUGGGCAGCGAAAUGCUAAGGGGGGUAUCAGGCGGCCAAAGAAAGAGAGUUACAACAGGAGAAAUGAUUGUUGGUCCAAGAAAAACGCUAUUUAUGGAUGAAAUAUCAACUGGUCUUGAUAGCUCUACUACGUACCAAAUAGUAAAAUGCAUAAAGAAUUUUGUUCAUCAGAUGGAGGCUACAGUACUCAUGGCUCUCCUUCAGCCAGCUCCUGAAACAUUUGAUCUAUUUGAUGAUCUGGUGCUUCUGUCAGAAGGGCACGUGGUAUAUGAAGGCCCUCGAGAAGAUGUUCUUGAGUUUUUUCAGUCAAUUGGUUUUCAACUUCCACCUCGUAAGGGGAUCGCAGACUUUCUUCAGGAGGUGACCUCGAAAAAGGAUCAAGCACAAUACUGGGCUGAUCGUUCAAAACCGUAUGAGUUUGUCUCAGUUCCUGAGAUUGCAGAAGCCUUUAGAAAUUCCAAAUUUGGAAGUUAUAUGGAAUCCAUGCAGACACAUCCAUUUGAUAAAUCAAAAUGUCAUCCUUCAGCUUUGGCUACAACUAAAUUUGCCGCCUCAGGAUGGGAGAUUGCUAAAGCUUGCUUUGCACGAGAAGUCCUUUUGAUCAGAAGGCACAGUUUUCUUUAUACUUUUAGGACCUUCCAGGUUGCUUUCGUUGGAUUUGUCACAUGUACAAUAUUCCUGCGAACAAGGUUACACCCCACAAAUGAGCUUUACGGAGACCUUUAUCUUUCAGCUCUAUUUUUUGGGCUGGUUCACAUGAUGUUUAAUGGGUUUUCGGAGCUGCCUCUUAUGAUAACCCGGCUUCCAGUAUUUUACAAGCAAAGAGAUAAUUUAUUCUAUCCUGCAUGGGCGUGGUCUCUUACCAGCUGGAUUCUCCGUGUACCGUAUUCCAUUAUUGAGUCUGUUAUAUGGAGUAUUGUUGUAUAUUACACGAUUGGAUUUGCCCCUGCAGCGGGAAGGUAUCGUAAUUUUAUUUCAUCUUUUUGCGAAUUUUCUUUUUAACCCUCGUAAUCACUGCAUUUUGUUAAAUAUUUCAGGUUUUUUCGCUACAUGUUUUUACUUUUUGUAAUGCAUCAAAUGGCAUUAGGUCUCUUCCGGAUGAUGGCUUCUAUUGCACGAGAUAUGGUUCUUGCCAAUACAUUUGGAUCAGCUGCACUACUGAUUAUAUUCUUGCUGGGAGGAUUUAUUGUACCUAAAGGAAUGAUAAAGCCAUGGUGGAUUUGGGGCUACUGGUUGUCACCACUUACCUAUGGACAACGUGCUAUCACAAUUAAUGAAUUUACUGCUUCAAGAUGGAUGAAGAAAUCAGCAACUGGGUUCAACACAAUUGGUUACAAUAUCCUCCACUCACACAGUCUACCAAGUGCUGAUCAUUGGUAUUGGAUUGGUGUUGGAGUUUUGAUAAUAUAUGCACUUUUUUUCAACAACAUGGUCACUGUGGCCUUGGCCUAUCUGAAUCCACUUCAAAAAGCACGAUCAGUUAUUUCCUCGGGUGAUGACUCAGAAAAGAAUUCUUCCAGAGAUGCCAAUAAUCAGGUCUAUGAAUUGAGUACCCGUGCCAGAUCCGCAAGAGAGGACAGUAAUAAGAAAGGAAUGAUUCUUCCAUUUCAACCAUUGACAAUGACAUUCCACAACGUCAAUUAUUUUGUUGAUAUGCCAAAGGAGAUAAGCAAGCAAGGCAUAACUGAAACUCGGUUGCAGCUCUUGACAAAUGUGAGCGGAGUUUUCUCACCUGGUGUCCUUACAGCAUUAGUGGGGUCUAGUGGGGCCGGAAAGACCACUUUAAUGGACGUUCUUGCCGGCAGGAAAACUGGAGGGUAUAUAGAAGGGGACAUUAAAAUAUCAGGUUACCCAAAGGAGCAAAAGUCAUUUGCUAGAGUAUCAGGAUAUGUUGAACAAAAUGAUAUACAUUCUCCUCAAGUAACAAUUGAGGAGUCACUAUUGUUUUCUUCAUCUCUUCGCCUUCUAAAGGAAGUUGGCGUUGCUAAAAGACUUGAAUUUGUUGAACAAGUAAUGAAACUAGUUGAGCUUGAUACUUUGAGACAUGCUCUGGUUGGUUUGCCAGGUAGUUCUGGCUUAUCAACAGAGCAGAGGAAACGUUUAACAAUAGCAGUGGAGCUUGUAGCAAACCCUUCCAUUAUUUUUAUGGAUGAGCCUACAUCUGGACUUGAUGCACGUGCAGCAGCUAUUGUUAUGCGAACUGUUCGUAAUACUGUUGAUACUGGAAGAACUGUGGUUUGCACCAUACAUCAACCAAGUAUUGAUAUAUUUGAAGCAUUUGAUGAAUUACUUCUUAUGAAACGUGGGGGACAAGUAAUAUAUGGGGGCAAGCUUGGUGUGCGGUCACAGAUAAUGAUAAACUACUUUCAGGGAAUUAAUGGAAUACCACCCAUUCCAAGUGGCUACAAUCCAGCUACCUGGGUGCUUGAGGUUACUACACCAGCUACUGAAGAGAGAAUAGGUGCAGAUUUUGCAGAUAUUUACAAGAAUUCAGAGCAAUACAGGGGGGUGGAAGCUUCUAUUUUGCAAUUUGGACAGCCUCCUGCCGGCUCUAAACCACUAAAAUUUGACACAACAUAUUCACAAAACCUGUUGAACCAAUUUUUUCAAUGCUUAUGGAAACAAAAUCUUGUGUACUGGAGAAGUCCAACAUAUAAUGCCAUGAGGAUGUACUUCACCACAAUAAGUGCUUUGAUAUUUGGUAGUGUAUUUUGGGAUGUUGGUUCAAAAAGGGCAUCAACUAAUGAGCUGUUUGUGAUUAUGGGAGCUCUAUAUUCCGCAUGCUUGUUUCUUGGGGUAAACAACGCUUCUUCUGUUCAACCAAUUGUGUCAAUAGAAAGGACAGUGUUUUAUAGAGAGAAAGCAGCUGGAAUGUACUCUCCAAUUGCGUAUGCAGCAGCCCAGGUAAGUCUUAUAAUACUGGUAAUUGAUUCCAUAGCUAUAUAUUUUAAAUUGCUGGUAAAGAAUGCUCAAUCCAAUUGACAGGGGCUGAUAGAGGUACCAUACAUUGCUGUUCAGACAAUAGUAUUUGGUGUAAUCACAUAUUUCAUGGUCAAUUUUGAAAAGACAGCCGGUAAUAUUUCAACUUUCCAUAUAUGGAAGUUUUUUCUCUAUCUUUUGUUCAUGUUCCUGACGUUCACCUACUUCACCUUUUACGGUAUGAUGGCUGUUGGUCUUACACCUUCCCAACAUCUAGCAGCUGUAAUUUCUUCAGCAUUUUACUCCCUGUGGAAUCUUCUUUCAGGUUUUCUCAUCCCAAAAUCGAGUAUUCCGGGAUGGUGGGUUUGGUUCUAUUAUAUUUGCCCGGUUGCAUGGACAUUACGUGGUAUUAUCACGUCUCAGCUUGGUGAUGUGGAAACCAAAAUUGUGGGACCUGGAUUUGAGGGCACCGUGAAAGAGUAUUUAUCUGCUAGUCUGGGAUAUGAUAAUAAAAUCAAUGGGUUUUCUUCUGUGGGGCUUUCAGUGAUUGUGCUUAUUGGAUUUAUUAUUCUCUUCUUUGGUUCUUUCGCUGUAUCAGUCAAAGUUUUGAACUUCCAAAAGAGAUGA